AUGUCUUUUAUAAAAAAAAUUAAAUCUCAAUAUGAAAUGUGGAAAAUCAACAAAUAUACCAGACGUCGAUCUGCGAUGACAGCAAAUUUUGCACAAAAAGACACGGAAUUUUAUCGACACCAUUAUGUGGAUGGUGUGUAUUCGAGUACGGGACCUACUGUUGAAGUUAUUGAUGACAAUAAAGCGAAUGGUGGAAGCUUUGUGAAACAAACUUUAAAUAGGAAAAAGAGUACUAAUAAUACUCAGCGACGAUAG